UGACAGCACCGACCCCGGUGUCCCGACCGAUCCCGUACUGCUACUGCCCCGCAUCCAGAGGGAACAGGCUGGCCGGUACACUUGCAUCGUAGUGAACAGCAGGAUCCAAAAGAACAUGAGGACAUCAGUCACCCUGAACGUGUAUGAGUUGCCACUCGGGAAUCUCAGCUGCUCCAUGGAGGCGUUGGGGAAUGGUGAGGGGCUCUCUCUCUCCUGCAGGUGGCCCGGGGGUUUCCCUCGGGCCCGCCUGCUCUGGGAGGGGCUGGCCCAGGGUGUCUCAGCUGAGGAAGAGCUUCACGUCAAUGUAACCGCCCCAGCCCCACUGGACCAGACCAACCUAACCUGUGUGGGGUCACACCCAACCGGCACCAGGACUUGCACCGUCAGACCGGCAUCACCCGGGCUGGCCCUGUCCCGACGGGUGUCGACCGACGUCCGUGGGUUUGCAGUGGUGACCAUGGCCUGUCUGGUGGUCGCCAGCCCUCCGGCCACUGUCCGCUGGUACAAGGAGUCGCGGGAGCUUGGCAGCGAGGCCAUCGUCAGCCCCAAACCAGGAACUUCAGAGGUUCGGAUCCAGGACUUCCUGCUGGCGAAUCACACCGGGAAUUACAGUUGCCGCGCUGGAAAUGCGCUGGGGGUCCGCGAGCAGGGCCUGGAGCUGACAGCCCCGCUCCUCUCCGACUUCCUGGUGGUGCGGCUGAACGGCUCGGCGGUGCGGUUCUCCUGGGCGCAGCGGCGCUCAGACGUGGUCACCUCAUUCCGGCUGCAGUCCCGGGGCGGCGACCGUGCUUCCAGGGCCGACGUCUGGCAAACCUGGGCUGUGGUCGACAUGUCAAAGCGGCAGGCGAUUCUCACCGGCCUGAAGGCGGACAGGGGCUACACCUUCAGGGUGCUGCCCAUGGUCGGCCUGCAGGAGGGGGUUCCAUCCCAGUCCCGCUCCGUGAAUCCCGCGCAGUCCCAGACGUUAAGCGCAGGGGCCAUCAUCGGCAUUGUGCUGGGGUGUGUGGGCGGCAUCCUGCUCGUCGCCCUCAUCAUCGUCUUCGUCAUCUGGUUGAAGGGCCACAGGAAGCAAACUCGGAUGUCGAAGCGCCAGGGGGUGAAUAGGGCGGGCAUCCAGUCAAACACGGCGGUGACGAGAAGGACCCGUGAGAGGCAGCCGGCUGACCUGUAUCAAGCUGGUCCAGUGCUGAAGAAAUCCGCACACAGUAACUCCCACAGACAGGCUCAGAGCACAGAGGACCAGGAUUGGCAGAGUACAGUGUAUUCAGUGUCUCAGAACGUGACCCCUGACGGUAGUGGAAGACACGCUAAACAGGACAUUUCUCCUCAGACCACCCUCCCAUCUUCUGUAAAGCUGGUCAACAGCAAUAGCCACCAAUCUUCAGAGAAGCCCUCAAAGCUUACCCUCCAGAGGAGAAAGGCCACCAUGGUUUGAAAAGCUUUCCAGAACCCCUCCUCCCAGCUGCCAACUCUGCUCACCUCAAACACCAACACCAGAAGGGUCAUCUUCUGCGAGUCUCAGAGGAAAUUGUGGCAUCUCUCGGAGGCUGAGCUGCUGGUCAGGGAGACCUCUGGGCAUCUGAGUGUUUGUAGUGGAACAAGUGCUUUUUAAUUCUCCAAAAGAGCAGGUGCGGCUGCCGUCAGCAGGUCGUUGCCUCUGUACGGCUCUUGAGGAGGUCAUAGUGUGACUGGUUGGAGUCGCCGGUUCGAUUCCCGCCAGGGUCUCAGGGAUUUAAAUAAUUUAAUAAAUCGUGUUGACUUAUUUUUAAAAAUAGUAGAAAUUAUAUAGUGUACUCCAGAACAUGGGACAAAGACUUUAAAUCAGGUUUGUUAUCACUGACAUGACAUAUGCUAUGAAAUUUAUUGUUUUGUGGUAGCCAGGCAUAAAAAAUUAUUAUAAUUUACAAGAAAAAUAAAAUUAAAAAAACCG